AUGUUUAAAUUUCAAUAAUUAUUGCUAACUAAAUUUUGCUCCUAUAGAAGCAUAUUUAUUCCAAAAGAGAAAUUAGAAUGCAGGUUUAGUAAAAGCUCUGGACCAGGAGGAUAACAUGUUAAUAAAACAAAUUCUAAAGCUGAAAUAAGAUUUAAUCUAUAAUCUGCUGAUUGGCUAAAUGAUUAAUAGAAAUUAAAAUUUUUAAGGCUUUAUCCCAAUUUUGUCAAUAAGGAAGGAGAAAUUAUUCUAACAAGUCAAUUUACUAGGGAAUAAUCAAAAAAUCUAGAAGAUGCUAUCGACAAAUUAAGAGAAAUGAUUUUCGAAUGCAGUAAACCAGAUAAAAGUGAAUUUAUAAUACCUCCACCUAGUUAAUAUAAAAUUAAAUAGAGAAUAUAAUGUAAAAGAUAAAGAUCGGAUGUUAAAAAAACAAGAAAUAUAAAAUGACAUGUAGCUUUUAUUUGUGUAAAUUAAAUUAGAUUAUUCUAAAAACACAAAUACCAAAU